UCCACAGAAUGAACUUACUAUGCUGCCUGAUGCACCAAGUCGUGGGAUAAAUUUAUUCGAAUGUUUAUGGGAUAACGUGGGCUGUGAUAAUUCUGCAGAGAAGGUAGAAAGUGUAGAAACAAAGACGGUUAAUAAGGUGAAUACUGAUAGAGAUGAAGAAGGCAAAACGGAUAUGAGUGAAUCGAAAGUGGAGAACUUACCCAAAAGUCCUGAUGAGGAAAGGAUCGAAAAUGAUAAAGUUAAAGCAUUCAAAUCUUGCUGA